AACGCACCACGACGCCCACUCGGCCCAGCCCGGUGGUGCUUACGGGAAGCCGGCGACUAAAUGUUCUCCCGAGAAGCAGACAUGACCCAGCUUUGUCGCCUUCAUGCUUUUCGGGCACUGCCGCUGGCGGCGUUGCUGCUGCUCCUGCUGCACCGCGUGCUGCUGGCCAGCGCCGGCGGGGCGGGCGGACUCCUGCCCGACGUGGAGCCCGUGGAGGCCGCCCAGAUAGCCAAGUACAUCCCGCUCAUCCAGCAGAUCGAGGCCAUCGAGCGCAUCAAGGCCAUCAAGGCCAUCAAGUCCAAGGGGGACUCGUAUCCGCCCUUCCUACCCAUCGUCCUUGCCCUUCACCACAAGUCCGAGCAACAACAGAAGAAAAAGAAGAAACUCCGGUUAUUCAGCCUCUUCAGCUGAUCCUCUUCAAGAAAGAGUGCAGCGAUUCAGCAGUGGCGCUGGACGCCCAAACCAGACAUUCACCACUAACAUAAACACGCUCAACAGAACGAAUAUGAGAAGACACAAGACACAAGUUCCACAUGUAGCGGGUGGAAGUCAUCAAUCUGUAGUA